CGAGACAGACAUAUAGAGAGAGAGAUAGAGAGAGAGAGUCCUGGAGAGAGAGAGAGGCUGUGGGGGACUUUGAGACACAAAGAACUGCGGCCAUGGCGGAUUCAAAUGAUUCAGUUGCUGUCGAUAUAGAGGAGAUCUAUCUCGGCGGGAAGGAACAUCUUGUCCAAACUGGCCGUGGUCCUGUGUCUGUUAUAGUCUACGGAGAUCAAGACAAGCCAGCGCUACUUACUUACCCGGAUUUAGCUUUAAAUCAUGUGUCUUGUUUCCAAGGAUUAUUCUUCGUUCCUGAAGCAGCUUCUUUGUUGCUCCACAACUUCUGUAUAUACCAUAUCAGUCCUCCCGGACAUGAGUUAGGAGCUGCUGGAAUUUGUCCUGAAGAUACUAUGCCGUCUGUCGAUGAUUUGGCAGAUCAGAUCAUUGAGGUUCUCAACUAUUUCAGGCUUGGUGCAGUGAUGUGCAUGGGGGUAACGGCUGGUGCCUACAUCCUUACACUAUUUGCGAUGAAAUAUAGGGAGCGCGUUCUUGGUUUGAUACUCGUGUCCCCUUUAUGCAAAGCUCCCUCUUGGUCUGAAUGGAUAUAUAACAAGGUGAUGUCAAAUUUUCUAUAUUUCUAUGGCAUGUGUGGCUUGGUGAAAGAGUGUUUGCUUCAACGGUACUUCAGCAAGGAAGUUCGUGGUGGUGUGGGAGUUCCAGAAUCAGAUAUGGUUCAAGCAUGCAAAAGAUUGCUAGAUGAGAGGCAGAGCAUAAAUGUUUUGCGAUUUCUUCAUGCUAUAAACAGGAGACCUGACAUUACUGAAGGGUUGAAGAGACUAAGAUGUCGUUCACUUAUUUUUGUUGGGGAUAGUUCUCCUUUCCAUUCUGAGGCUCUCCACAUGACCUCAAAACUCGACCGGAGAUUUAGUGCUCUAGUUGAGGUCCAGGCUUGUGGAUCAAUGGUGACAGAGGAGCAGCCACAUGCCAUGUUGAUACCCAUGGAGUUCUUUUUGAUGGGGUAUGGGUUGUAUAGGCCAUGCCACUUCAAUGACAGCCCAAGGAGUCCGCUCAGUCCAUCUUGCAUCUCCCCAGAACUCCUCUCUCCUGAAAGCAUGGGUUUGAAGCUAAAACCGAUUAAAACUCGUGUUUCACUCGAUGUUUAAAGCCUAAGAGAGAAGAUUGAAUUACACAUACUGCUCUUUUUCAUCUUCCUGAGGUUUCAACUUGAAGGUCGACAGGAACUGCAUAGAUCAUUUUAGUUCUUAGUACUAGAACUACAUAAAGUUGAUUCAGAAGAUGUCCAAUUUUUUUGCUCUUUUUUUCUUUUCAAGUUUAAUUGAAAAGAAUAGAUUUGUUGGAGGGGUUGUAGAUAAAGAAGGGAAGGAAGUUACAGAAUGUAUACAUAUAGGGAGCAGAGACCUGCAUUCAUUCAUUUGUUGUCGAGGUAAUCAUUGACCCGUGUCUGUAAAUUCUACAACGAACUGAGAUAUAUUCAUGUACGACAAGCAAAUCAAUAACAGGGUGGAACUAUUCAAUUGUUUAA